GUGAGCAUGACGUCCGUUUUCCACCUCCAAAGCAGCCUCCACAUUUAGCAGAUUUCAGCACACUCAUUCAAUAAGAUGUCCACCUUUCAACCCACCGCUACUACCACCGGAGUCUUCCCACAACUCCUCAAGGCAGCUCCCACGUCGCCGUUAGCCAGCGCCGCCCCCUUGUCCACCCCUCACCACUCAUGGAGUACACCCAGUACGCUCGCGCCGUCCGCCGAUCAUCACCCCGACAUCCCCGCAUCCUCUCUUCUGACGUCCUCGUCAGCAUUCGAAGCUGACGAGCGGUCGUUACCACCAAGCCUCGCAGAACGUAACGACGGCGAGGACUACAUAGAAGACGACACAACCACCGCCGGCGGCCUCAUGACCCUCGACAACGGCGACACAGCCAACACCCAACCGAUACACGAUCUCGAAGCCUCCUACUGCGCCACUGAAGGCGAGGAGUUCAUGCUCCUGGACGCCUCCUCACCGGCUCGUCGUGCGGAAGAAUCCGACGAAGAGUCAGAACGCACCGAGAAUGCGCCCGCGUAUGCCGAGGAAGAUGAGAAUGAUUGGGAUGUGGGGCUUAGGCGGCAGGAGCAUGAUUGGCGGUUCCAGGAGGAGGCGGGGCUGGAUUAUGGGGAUGAGGAGGUGGGGAGGAUGAGUGAUGAUGAGGGGAUGGAUCCGGUGGAGAAUGCUUGACGGGCGAGGUUUUGGUGGUGAGGGUUUGAAGUUUUGGAGAGUGAUUUUGGGGUUAGAGGCAGUGCGAAUGGGAAGCCGGCGACGGCGAGUGAAGUGAGUGUGGCGAGAUGCGCCCUCUGGGAUUGUGAGGGAAGCCAUCCUCCGCAGUCAGUGCGCCAUCCGAGCGAUGGAUUGCUGCAGAUCGCAACAUGCCGCUGCCUGCCAGUUUAUGGCCGGGAAAUGGCCAACCGCCGCAAGUUGGCAAAUGCCAAUGGCCGCACAAAAGGAGGAGCAAGAGGCACGAAGGCCAGGGCAAGUAGGGCGAUCUCAGUAGACGCUGGCCUGUUUUUUUUUUUUGGGAAGGAGGAGUAGGCAGAUACGCGACGAGAAAGAGACCGUAUCCGGAUUCUGAAAUAAUACUCAAUUUUGGCUCAUUGCGGACAAGAGAUUCGAGAUUGAAGAGCGGGAGAUUGAAGG